AUGGCGGCGGGCAACAAGAAGAAUGAUCUGGAGGCGCAGCUCAAGUCACUGCAGCGAGAGCUGCAGGCGGAUCGGAGACAGCAGGCGGCCGCAAAGCGAGCAGACAGCCAUGCGCCAGUUUGUGGACGCUGCACCACCAUGUGUCCUGCCGAAGAGAUGCUACGGCGCCAGCUGCAGCAUCGGCUUCAUCCAUUGGAAGUCUGUCCAUCUCACAAGGGGAGGGAGCCUCGCGCUGACCCUGCCCGGACUGUCAAGGAGUACAGUCGACCCGCAGCCGCCCACGAUCGCCUGAACGAUCGGCGUGCCUUUACCGCUGCCUAUCCCUUUUUGGUUGAUCGCUUUCGAGCCGUGCGUCAAGACCUCAUGAUCCAGCGCCUUCUUCUAAGCGAUGCCAUUCCGAUUUUGGAGAUUAACAUUCGCGUUCUUCUGGCCGCUUCAGUCCUGUAUUGUUAUACGUUGCUGCUUCCGCUGUACACACGACGGCGCGAGAAGCUGGGCUUGCCCGAUGUCACACCCCUGUCCCCGCGCAAGGUGGUGGCUGCCCCACACGCCAACUCCCCGGCCUUGAUGGCCGAGGCAUUUCACCAAGCUGCGUGGAUUCUCCUCGCUCAUGAUCAACCCGUAGCUAUUAACAAAGCCUUGCUGCUCCAUGCCAGCGUGCGGCAGCAACCCUUCUUCCAGUCUGCCCGGCAGCUCCUGCGAGCUUGGUCGCUGCACAACUACGUGGCCGCCAGUCGCGUUUUAAAAACGCUGCAUCCCCUUUUGCAAGGGGCGGCCAUGUCAGGCGUAGAGCAACUGCGCCUUCACACAAUAGGGAUUCUUGCCCAUGCCUACGGCAGCCCCAAUGUUAAGCUGCCUGUUGCCACCAUCGCCGAGUGGCUCUGCCAUAGCCCUGGAGAAACAUUGACUGCCAUGCUUGAGGCACAUGGAUUUACCUCGGAAAUGCAUGGCAGCGUCUUCACAAUUCGCAAGCAAAAUUACAAGGAUGAAGUGACCCAGGUUCCGGCACCAGAUCAUGCAACAUUGGAGCGACUGGCAACCACAUGUGCCCACAUGGACGGCGUGCGCACAGUGACAGGCGUGGUGGGGAAGCGUCUGAACUUGAUCGAGGUUGACCCCAAGCCACUUGCCCCGUGGGAAAAAAACAGGGACAAGGCCAGCCCCUCUGACAACGAGACAAUCUUGCAAGAUUCUUGGGGCUACUUGUGUCGCAUCACGCCAGUCCAACAGUGUUGGACGGCCGCUCAGCAGCUGGUACAAGCGUUCUGCUGUGGCUCAGAUGCGAUCAAGGAAACGCGACGUCGACUGCUUCUGCAAUUUGCACAGACCAGCUUCAAAUCGGCGCCUAGUAUGACCACAGAUGAGAUUCGCACGCUUGCAAUCUUGGUCACGGCCCUAUACUUGUGGGCCCGAAACCCAGCUGGCGAUCGAAUCGGGGCUUUGCAUAAACCCAUUUUCGAUCUUUUAUUUCUCCUUCGAGGUCGCACCGGAGCAGUGCCCCGAAGUCAACAGCUUCCUCUUCCCGAAUGGCAUAGCUUCCUAGCCACGGGCCCUGGUCUGGCUGCUUGGCAAAAACUCCAGCAAUGA